GCAGCCUCGAGGGACAUGAGAGCGGCGCAGGGUGUGACGGAGGAGGUGCAGAUGGCCGCCAGCGACGUCCUGGUGGCUCUGGCCCGCUCCCACUUCGACAGCGUCAUGUACGAGCUGCAGUGCCGCCUGAGGGCCCUGGGAGAGAUCUCCGAGGACCUCGUGUUCGUCACCUUGGGCAAGCUGGCCAGCAGCUACGCCCUGCGGUGCGUCCCCUUCGUGGGCAUGACGCUCUUCGCCCUGCGCACGAUGCUGAGCCAGGUGGGGAGCAGCCGGACCCUGCGCGCCGUCUGCAGCGUCCUGGAGCAGUGGUCGAAGGCCGUGAACACCUACCUGGGCGCCUGGGAGCAAUGCAGCUUCCCGCGCGUGGGGCAGGCCCAGUUCUGCAGCAGCGUUUCCCCGGUCUUUUGCCACGUGGUGGGGAGCUGGCUGGGCUGCGAGGAGGAGGAGGCCAAGCAGGCCGUCCUGGGGGCGAUGGCUGCCAUGAUGGGCCUCCUUGUGCGCGAGGAAGAGCACCGCGAGCGCGUGUGGGAGCAGCUCCCCUGGCUCCUGGGCCAGUAUCAGCAGGUCCAGGACACUUUCCGGGUGACCAAGGCUCUGAGUUAUUUCCUGGAGAUUUUGGGGGAAGUGCAGAUCCCCAUCCCCCAGGACGAGGUCCAGACCAUUGCCACUGCUGUGCACCACCAGCUCAGUGAUGGGAGCAAGCAGCACAGCGGGGAGCACCGGUCGGAGCUGUCCUCCUGCGUCCUGCUGCUGGCCCGAGUUUGCCCUGAGGACACGGUGGCCUUUCUGCGCUCGCAGCUGGGGAGUGGGAGCGAGGCCGCUCACGUGGUGUCCUUGGAUCUGCUCAGAGCCCUGGUGCGCCCCACAGCAGAGAGAGGCCAGAGCCUGCCCCUGCUCGUGCAGGCGGUGCGCUGCGCGCUGGGAGACCCCAGCAGGAAGGUGGCGAGGGCAGUUCUGCGCUUCACCAAGGAGCUGCUCAGCUGCAGCGUCCAGAGCUGCUCGGCCUGGGAUCUGGUGGCCCACGUCUUCGCCACGUUCAGCCAGGCCUCCGGCAGAUUGGCGCAGGGAAAGCUGUCUCAAGCAGAAGCGCAGGAAGCAGCAGAUCUUCAAGCCCUGUGCUUGGACAUCCUGCGCUCCCUGGAUGUCUCCGUCCGGGGGAUGACCAAACUCCUGUGGCCGCGGCUCCUGCAGUACGUGGUGCCAGCCCAGUACACCGGCACAUUGGUGCCGCUCUGCCGGUGCCUGCGAGAGCUGGCCGAGAGCCGGGGGAGAGCAGGGGCCGAGGACGGAGAGGAGGAGCCCGAUGUCGUGGCCUCCCGGGAGCGAGCCAAGCUGCCCAGGCCGCAGGCCCUGCUGGCUCGCCUGCUGGUGGUUGCGGCGGCUCCUCACGCCGGCGGCGGCUGCGGCGUCGCUGCCCUGCGGCUGCUGCAGGCCCUGUCCGCAGAGAUCCACGGUGCCGUGGGGAUGGUGUGGGCUGUGAAGAUCCCCUUCCUGCUGCAGUGCCUGGAAGGGCAAAGCGAGAGCUGCCUGGACUCUGCCGAGUGGGAGCAGCUCCUGCUUAAGUUCCUGAGGACGUCGCUGGAGACGAUCGAGAGCCAGGCCUGGACCAUGGGCCUGAGCUUUGAGCUCAGCCAGCAGACGGGCAGCUACCCCCGGCUGUCCCGGAAGCAGGCCUUCCUGUAUAAAGCUGUCGGGGUGUCCCUGGCAGCGUGUCAGCAUGUCCCCUAUGUCCGCGGGGAAAUGAAGAAGUAUCUCUCAAGGACAAAUUACUUGGAGGCGUCUGAGAGAGAGGCAAUGAUUUCUGUUUUGGGCGGCUCUGCCGAGAGCCACUUCCACCUUGCCUUGGAGGUGGUGCAGGAGUUUGGGGCGUCCAUGGAGGAAAGACCAGUGUCUGGGGCUUUCAAACGCCUGAAGGAAUACCACCAGGGGAAGAGAGCGGGGAGGCACAUGGCCCUCGUGCUGGCCUACGGCCAGAUCGCGCUCUGCGCCCCCCCGGAGCAGCUCCUGGCCCGCGUGGAGAGCGACGUCGUGGGGCGCAUCCUGCAGCACUACCGCGCCAGCUGCCAGGUGCUGGGCUUCUCCUUCUCCACCAAGGUAAGUCCUGCCCCCCGGGGCCUUGCUCGCUGCCCUUCCCGCACCCCUUUCCCAUCGCAGGCGUGCCGGACUCGCCCUCCCGCUCCCCAGGCCGGGGGCCGGGGGUCUCCUUGCGACGCAGUCGCCCUUGUGCGCUGUGCUCUGGGGCUGGACUGCCCGCCGUGUUCCUCGUUGAGCCCUCGGCGCUGUGAGGAGUUCCUCACCGGUGCCGCCGUGUUUCUCUGUGCCGGGAUGCAGGACAUGCAGCUCAAGCUGGCGCUGAUCCGGAGCGUCACCGAGGUCAGCCGGGCCGUGCAGGUGGCGGGGGGCUCCCGCGGCGUGGAGCUCUGCCACAAACGGGAGCUGCUGGACACCCUGCUGGGAGAAACCUCUUUCGGGCUCUUUGGCUCCAUGGUGGGACUGCUGGCGCCUUUCACCUGCGACUCGCUGGCCACGUCCCGCCAGCGGGCAGGGGCCUGCCUCGGCCACCUCCUCCGCAUACAAGGCAAGACGCUGGAGACGGGGGCCGAGGAGGACGAGGUGCAGCCUUUGUGCCAGCGCCUGAGCGCCCCAGACGCCGAGGCUCUGCUCCAGGCUUCCUCCAGACUCAGAAAGAUCGUCUGCAAACACAUCCCGCCAGCGCAGGCCACGGACUUCCUCUCUGCCGCCCUGGACGGGAUGCUGUUGGCCAGGUCCGCGUGUGCUCAGGCAGCGGGCGAGUGGCUGCUCACCUUCCUGGAGACGUGCGGGGGACAGCUAUUCACGGAGGUGCCAGAAAUCCUGAGCAUCAUUUACAUCCGGAUGCCGACCAUGCAGCAGGACAGCCUCCGACAUUUCCUCUUGGAGGCG